UGGGGGGCUUCAGGAUGUGGCAGCCAUGCUCUGGAAUAUUACAGCCAAGAGAUACCCACCUCUCCCUCCUCCUCCCGCAGGUGACCACCUCCCUUGGAUGCCAUGACAGAGGCCUGGAAGCUGCCUCCACCGCUGGCCCCUCGGCUAGACUGGUUUGUGCACACCCAGGUGGACCUGCUGACCCAAUCUGGGAUCCCUGAGUGGUUCCACGGCACCAUCUCUCGAGAGGCCGCUGAGAAGCUGCUGGAGUCACAACCGCUGGGGACCUUUCUCAUCCGAGUCAGCCACAGCCAUGUGGGCUACACCCUCUCCUACAAAGCCCAGACCUGCUGCCGGCACUACAUGGUGAAGCUUUCUGAUGAAGGGACUGUCACCCUCGCUGGGGACCACGUGACCCACGCCUCUCUGACCGCCCUGGUCACCUUCCACCAGCAGAAGCCUAUUCGACCGUAUGGAGAGCUGCUGACCCAGGCCUGUGGGCAGGAGGAUCCAGCAAAUGUAGACUACAAAGAUCUCUUCCUGUACUGGAAUGCUCUGGCUCAGGAUGCUGAAAACCAAGUUCAGAGACCGGAAGUUCAGAGGCCUUCUUCAUGCCCACCUGAAGAGGCUUCUGAAGGGAAGCCAUCCACAGCAACUGCUGGAGAACUCCCAUCAGCUCCCAGCACCCCAAAAGGGCCUUUCCAGGAGGCAGGACAAAGACUGUGGAAGAACCUGAGGUCGCUGCCUCAGACUAGCCUGAGGGUGAAACAGCGGCUGGCUUCACACCUGUCGGCCACAAACCUGCUGGGGGAUGCCAGGCGUGUGGCACAGCAGCAUGGCAGCCCCGUGACUCGAGCGUCCAGCUGGGAUGGCAUGUGCCACUCCACAGACCCCAGUGCAGCCACCUCUCUUCAAAACCCAGCAGAUCUGCAGGCCUGGAGAGGCAGAGAAGCCACCUUCAGGUCUGCCAGCGAGAAGGAGGUGGUCUCGGGGGUCAGAGCCUGGCGCGGAAAGCUGGUGAGGGCCCUGUCGGCCCAGGCAACCAAGCCGGAGCCUGCAGACUUACCUGAAGCCCAGGACUGGUUACCGGAGGAGUACCUCAGACCACCGCCCUUCGCCCCCGGGUACUGAUAAUGCCUCCUGAGUCUUGGGUAUUUAUGG